AUGCCGACAAACCUGCAGUUGGCAGCGUUCCUCAGUCUUCUCAUACGGCAUGUGCUUGGUAUUUCAAAGUCAGCAACUACGGAGUCGCCCAUUCGCACGAAGAUCUAUAACCUGAGUCUCACAAUAAACGACAACUUUGAUUCCUACUCCGAGUUCUCUCUCUACUACUUCCCAAAUGUCAUGUUGUUUGAUCGUUAUUUCACCCUGGUACUCUUCAUUAUUGGUUUUCCCGGCAAUUUCAUUUCCUUCUUUGUGUGGGCUAACCGCCGCAUGUACCACGGAAACUCUGCUGCCGUCUACUUGGCCGCGCUAUCCCUUAACGAUACGGUCGUGCUGGCCAUCGCGCUAUUUCGUGACCUCACCAAAAACUGGGGUGUACACUACACACCCACGCCGGGAUCCUGUGAAGCAUUGGAAUUGAUCAAUCUCACCACGCAGUACUCCUCACCGCUAUUUGUGUUGGCCUUCACGAUUGAGCGAUGGCUGGCCAUCUGCGAGCCCUUCCUGGUCAGCCGCAUAUGUUCUGUACGCAGGGCUCUCUACGUCUGCAUCGGUAUCAGUACUUUCACUCUGCUGGUCUGUUCGCCAAACACCUACCUCAUAAUGACCACAGAGAAUGGCUGCGAAGCCCGAAAUGAGAGCGUUUUUUACUUCACGACAACCCUGGAGAUAAUCUACUCUCUGUGUGCACCCCUGCUGGUGCUGACAUUCAACUGCCUGGUGAUUAAUGAAAUGGCAAAAAUACGACGCUCGAGUGGAAAACUGAGGAGUGUUGCCGGUUUGAGUAACAAAACGCAGAUUGGGGCCUGCCUGAGAUCUUGCAUGCUGGGUAUUUUCAAGAUCAAGCAGCGAGGCAAUUUGGUUAAUCGGCCAAACAACAACGGCAACCUGGAGACGGUGGCCCUAGCCACGGGGACGCAGGAUGACGGCGUGGCUUUGAAGGUACCCUCGGUGAGCCCUCGAAGGGAACAGUCAGAGCCGAAGGCGGUCGCUAGGGCGACUGACUCCCCCAAAUUCAGGUCAACGACCAUAAUGCUGUUGGUGGUCAGUUUCUAUGUCAUCAUCGCAACUCUGCUGGGAGGUGUUAUGUACCUGCUGGAGACCAAAGUAAACAUGGAUGCUUAUGCUGACCUGACAAUGUACGAGGUGAGUGUACGAAUAUAUAGUUAA